UUUUAUCCCUAGCAGUUGGUACUAUUUAAUGGUCGAACUUUCAUUGCGGUUUGACAAUAAGUAUUUUUCCCAAAAUAACACAAAAAUCAGUGCAUAUGUGGCCGUUUUAGUGCUUAUUUAUCUCAUUGCGUAUUAAUUGAGAUGUUCCCGAUGCGUAUCAAAAUAACAGCCCGCCAAAACGAAUGGAGAUGCUGUUUCUGCCUCCACGUUCGCACAGCCACGAUCUUCCUUGGAAUAUGGCAACUGGUUCUGCACAUUUUGGCACUAACGGUGCUGGCACUGUUGAUGAGAAACCACCAAAUCAUCCUAACGAGGCAUAACGAGUUCCAACAGGCCGACUUCCUGCCCACACCUCUCAGUAAGGUCAAGGAGGAAAACAAUCCCUAUUAUCUGCCGACGACCCAAGAUGGAAGGACCAUCUAUACUGGUGAUCUUGAUAUGGGAGCAUUGAUGACUGUUUUCACUUUAUCAAUUUCCCUUUUAAUGAUUUAUGGAGUUAUUAAAGGAAAGGCCACCCAUUUGUUGCCAUUCUUUUGCCUGCAACUCUUCGAUUUUGCUAUAACCACUCUGACUGCUACCGGUUACUUCUGCUAUUUGAGAUCGAUUCACCGUUUAGUAGCUGAGCACUGGCACAAUCUACCAUUCCGCAAUGAAAUUCUUCAGCUAAGCCCUCAGUAUCUGUCUCUUCUCGUCUUGACUGGCUUCCUUAUAUCAAUGGUUUGGAAGGCAUAUUGCAUCGGCAUUGUAUGGAGGUGCUACAAGUAUCUCGCACUUAAGCAACAGUCCCGCCACCACGCCAUCCAUUAUAUCCUUCCGGGUGAAGGCGAUCGCACCGAACCAGACUAUCCGAUCCUGUUCCGCGACCAGGAGGCGGCAUUCGGCGCCCUCAAACAGACCCCGCCACCCUCCUACCAGGACAUAAUGGACGAUCAACCGCCGCCGUAUCCCUCCACCGUUUCUCUCGAAGAUUCGCCAAACAGUCCAACCGUGCACGUCGGUAUCUUCACCGACGUUACCGAUGGUGAAGAUCGCGCCGAACCCGGCACAUCUGGAACGGCCACCUCCCGCGUCGAGGCCAAUGUGGAAGUCACCGCCAACGUUAAGAACGAGGUCGACGCCACUUCACGUGUUACCGUCGAAGCCAACGUGACCAGCGAAGUGGCUAGCGGCAUAAGCACCGCCCCCCUGAAGGAAUAAUCUGUGGUCGGAUUGUCGGAAUUGUUUUUUCUCCCUUUUUCUCGUUUUGUAAUAAUUUUUUAUACGGAUAGAAAAGUAAAUUGGUUCAAAAAGGUUUUCUUAAUUAUUGAAUAAGGUUUUACGCGUGAUCACGGUGCAUUUGUUGUGAUUUUUCUGAAUCGUCCCAUUAGGUUUUUCUAUGUACUGAUUGAAGUUGUACCGUACACGUGUGAGUCUCUCUAUUUUAAGUUUACGUUAUUCAAUUUCAAUAAUAAACAUUCCUGACACCGCCAUAUCUCAAAAACUUAACAUUCCAAAGUUUUUGAUUUCUCAAAAUUAACGGCACUCAAAUUAACGCUAGGUGUUUCUUAGAAAAGUUAGUUAAGUGUAGCCAUUCUUUAUUAUGAUAUUUAAAUGGAAAUGUCGACAAUUUGGGUCGACUAAUUGUUAAUUUAAUAUUUCAACGAGCUGCAAAUAGCCAAGCGCGAGAAUACCAUGAAUCUCUCGAGGCAUUAAUUAGCAUUACAGCCUUCCUUAUCAAGGGACAAGUACAAGAUUUAUGAAAAAAUAAUCGUUUUUGAAAUAUUAAUAUAUGUAAUAAGCUAAUCUAACUAGAUUUCUAUAAACUAAAACAUGACUGUUCUUACUUAGGCAUAGUUUCCAUUGUAGAUAAAUCUUGGAUUUUAAAUUUAUACUCAGUUUUAAGUUUUUAAAGCAAUGCAAUUGAUGUACUUCAACUGUAUGAAAUAUAUGUAAAAUAAAAUUAAA